AAGGAAGGAGGGAAGGAGGGAAGGAGGAAGGAAGGAAGAAAGGAAGGAAGGAAGGAAGAAAGGAAGGAAGGAAGGAAGGAAGCGGGAGAGCCGGAGGAGCAGAGGAGGACUCGAAGGGCGGCACUGUUGCGGCAGCAUCCAGAGGCCAGAGUGAGGACCGCGCUGCCUCCGCUGCUCCUCGGAUGGUGACGGGGCCCCGCCGCGGCCGCAGCCCCCCGGAUCCCGGCAGGAAUCAUGCCCAGGUCCUUCCUGGUCAAGAAGGUCAAACUUGACACAUUCUCCUCGGCGGACCUCGACAGCUCGUACGGGCGCGCCCGCAGCGACCUCGGCGUGCGGCUGCAUGAGAAAGGAUACCUCAGCGACUACGCGGGGCCCGCGUCCGUCUACGAUGGCGACGCCGACGCGGGCCUGCUCAAGGGGCCGUCCCCGGAGCCCAUGUACGCCGCGGCCGUGCGGGGAGAGCUGGGCCCGGCGGCCGCGGGCUCGGCGCCGCCGCCCACCCCGCGCCCGGAGCUGGCCACGGCCGCGGGCGGCUACAUCAACGGCGACGCGGCCGUCAGCGAGGGCUACGCGGCAGACGCCUUCUUCAUCACCGACGGGCGCUCGCGCCGCAAGGCCGCGCACGGCCACGCCGCGGCCGCCCCCUCGGCCGCCACGGCCGCCGCCCCCGACGGCGACGAUGGCGGCGGCGGCGGCGGGCCCGGCGCGGGCGCGCGCGGCGCCGGGGCCGCAGGGCGCGCGGGCGCGCGCGGGGGUGCAAGCGCCGAGGCGCGCGCGGGGGCCGGGGCCGGUGGCCCGGCCGGCCGGCACGCGUGCGGCGAGUGCGGCAAGACGUACGCCACGUCGUCGAACCUGAGCCGCCACAAGCAGACGCACCGCAGUCUGGACAGCCAGCUGGCGCGACGCUGCCCGACGUGCGGCAAGGUGUACGUGUCCAUGCCGGCCAUGGCAAUGCACCUGCUCACGCACGACCUGCGCCACAAGUGCGGCGUGUGCGGCAAGGCCUUCUCGCGGCCCUGGCUGCUGCAGGGCCACAUGCGCUCGCACACCGGCGAGAAGCCCUUCGGCUGCGCGCACUGCGGCAAGGCCUUCGCCGACCGCUCCAACCUGCGCGCGCACAUGCAGACGCACUCGGCCUUCAAGCACUUCCAGUGCAAGCGCUGCAAGAAGAGCUUCGCGCUCAAGUCCUAUCUCAACAAGCACUACGAGUCGGCCUGCUUUAAGGGCGGGGCCGGCGGCAGCGGCCCCGCGACCCCGGCGCCCGCCGCGCCGCCGCAGCUCAGCCCCGUGCAGGCCUAGGGCGCCGGGCCGGCUCUCAGCAAUACGGGCCCCGGGGAAGUCUCCGCCGCGCCCGGGCGGGCGGGGGGCCGGAGGGCGGGCCCUCCUGCAGCAAUAGGGGGAGGGGCCCGGCCCCGCCCCGCCCGCCCUCCCGGGGUCUCGCCGGCCCCCUUCAAGCAAUAGGGUCCCGAGGGGAGACCCACCCUAGUCCCGCCCUUCCCCUCCAGGGUGCCCCCGGCUUUCUCCCAGCAAUAGGGUCCGUGAGAUCCAGAACCGAACCUCAUCUCCGAGUAAGUCUCCGCAGACGGGGCCGGACCCGAGGUGUGCGGCGCCCUCCUCCGCCCUCCCCGCGCCCCCGGAACCGUCGCAGAGGCUCAGGUCUCCCCCGCCCCUUCCCACGCCUUCCAGGCCAAGCCUGUGGCCUCCAGUCCAGGGAGCGAGUCGUCCCCGGCGGCCCUGCGCCUCGGCCUUGGCGCAGCCCGCGUUUGCGGGGUUCAGAGAGGGGGCGGAUGGCGGCAAUCCUCUCCCUCGGGUUCCUUCUGGGGCCUCAGCCGAGCCGCGCUAAGACCCCCCGCCCCCGCCCCCCGCCAGAUCCGAAUUCUUCCAGCCCAGCCUCCCCGGGCGCUGUCCUCCAUAACGAAUAAUAAUGACGCAUAUCGACUCGCAUGGACUUCUCCGACCUCCUCAGACCCCCGCUCCCGCCCUGCCCCGGGCCCCCUCCCCCGAGCCGGGCGUUUGGUGAUGGAGGCCGGAUUCCUGGGCGCGACCCUCUUCACACCUCUGUAUUCGCUUUGCGGGUAAAGCCCCCUGGGGGGGUUGCGGACGCGUCGGGUUUCUUUCUUUCUGUAUUUGUAUGUUUUAUUUAUGAACGGAUUGCACUCGGGUCCGGGGAGGGGCGCCGAGGCCCCCCAGGCUGCCCGCCGACGCCUGGGGCCGGGGAUGCCCAGGCCCGCGUCCCGCCCGGCCCCGCCCCGCCCCGCCCCCGGAGCCCGGGUCCCGCCCCCUCGGUUGCCAACUCGCCCGUCUAUGCCAAAGCCUCGGCGGUGACCCCGCCCCCAGGGCCCGCCCAUUGGCCGCCGCCUUGUGACGUCACUGCAUGCAGUCCCAGCCCUCCUCCCGUGCUCUCCCGGGGCUGCCCGUCCCCGUCCCUCUUAGUUCGUCCGAUGCCGACUAUAGAGCAAUAAUGCGCACUGCAUGCGAAGCUGCCGCCGCCUCUAGAGUUACUGAGAAUCAGGUAUCCCCCUGCCCGACCCACCCCAUAGGCCCC